GGCAACUUGAGUCUCGAUCAAUCGACAGAGUCGUGAUAAUCGUUCCUCCCAAACGUGCUGAAGUCGCGGUUAUUGCACAGCGGUUAUCUCGGCGCAGCUCCUUCCUUCGGAGAAGCUUGGCAGUGGUCGACUUCCACGCUACCGAAGUAUAUCCUAAUCAAAGAGAUGUCGAACGUAAUACAGAACUUCUUCAAGCAGUAUCUGCCAGUAGUCAAAGCAGACGACGGAGAGGAAGAGGAGCUAGUGGAUCCCCAAAAAGUACUUCGCGAGCAAUGCAAUCAAGAGGCAAAAUGCAUGGCUUUCAAGGAGAAAUUAGACACGUGUAACGACCGUGUUAAUUCAAGAUCCAACACAGAGGAAACUUGCCUAGAGGAGAUCCUCGAUUACGUGCAAUGCGUAGACCAUUGCGUCGCAAAGACCCUGUUCAGUAAGCUUAAGUAAUUGCACGAUAUUCCUGCAAUGAGAGCCAACCUUGUUGUUCGCCAUGUUAAAGCUGAAAGAUUUCUCUCAAGCUGUUGUACAUAUAUAACCGAAGACUAGCAAUAAAAGAUUAACUUAUUAAGGA